UGAGCUCUGGAGGGGGCAGCGGCGGCGGCAGCAGCAGCAGGCAGGCGAAGGGACCGGGGGCUGAAAUCUGAUCCCUCGUGUUUUUUUUCUUCUUUUUUAUAAACCUCCCCUCUCCCUCCAUCCCUCUCCAAACUGUUAGUGGCAGCCCGUGGCAGGCGGGCAGGCUUUCACACAGCGCGAGGCAGGAGGAGCGCGCGGAGCACGGAGCUCUCUCUCUCUGCUUCUCUCUCUUUACUGAACACGCGCACACCUCCCCGGAGCGGAGCCCCUCAGCCCCGCGUCCCCCAGCGCCCGGAGAGACCUCUGACUGGAACCGGGGGCUUUUCUAGCCGCCGCUUGUUUAUUUGGACGAGUUCGCGUGGAGCGGCUUUGCUGUGGAGUGAAGUUUGUUGGAUGAGCUGGAGACACGCAGCGCUGAGCGCGAGCGAGCGCGUGAACACCGAGCACAGAGCAAGGUGGACUGGACCUGUGUGUGUUUAUGAGUGCGUGUGCGCGUGGAGGAACUGUUUAUGGUGAUUUGUGCUAACUAGCUUUACCUGCUGAAAAAAAAGGAUUACUGAGAAAACGGAGGGAGUUUGGGUGGCUGGUGGACCCAGGACACGUGUGUGUGUGAGUGAGUAAGCGUGUCAGUGUGUGAGGCUUCACGCAGUGUGUGUGUGAAAGUGAGUGGGAGUGUGGUUUGACGCCAUGCAACGCGGGUGUGCGGCGGAUGUGUGAUCGUGGUUGCUGUGGUGAGGAACCUGGGCCCCGCCCCCAGGCCGGGAUGAUCGCGCUCUGCCUCCUCCUCUACCUCUCCUCCGUCAUCCCGCCAUCCGUACUCAGCGCCCACCUGCCCCCGACAGAGCCCACGGACUGGCAGUCGAGUGAGGCGGAGGUGGAGGUGUUUCUGGAGGACUAUGUUGCGGGUGUGGGGGACACACUGGAUCUCUCCUGCACGCCACAGGACUUCCUGAUGCCUAUUGUCUGGCAGAAGGAUGGCGGCUCUGUGUCGCCUAGCAACCGCACGCGGCUGGGACAGAAGAUGCUGCGCAUCAUCAACGUGUCGUACGAAGACUCGGGGGUUUACUCCUGCAGACACGCCCACAGCAACACACUGCUCAGCAACUACACCGUCCGAGUCACUGAUUCCCUCUCGUCUGGCGACGAUGAAGACUAUGACGAAGAGCCAGAUGAUGCAGGUAAUGGAAAUGAAGCUCCCUACUGGACACAUCCAGAGCGGAUGGAGAAGAAGCUGCUGGCUGUUCCUGCGGCCAACACGGUGAAGUUCCGCUGCGCUGCUGCUGGAAACCCCACCCCCACCAUCCACUGGCUGAAGAACGGCAAAGAGUUUAAGGGGGAACAGAGGAUGGGCGGCAUUAAGCUGAGGCAUCUGCAGUGGAGUUUGGUGAUGGAGAGUGCUGUUCCGUCAGACAGAGGGAACUACACUUGCGUGGUGCAGAACAAGUAUGGGACCAUCACACACACUUACCAGCUUGACGUAUUAGAGCGCUCCCCUCACCGGCCCAUCCUGCAGGCGGGUCUGCCUGCGAAUCAGACAGUGGAGGUGGGCAGCAAUGUGGAGUUCUACUGUAAAGUAUACAGUGACGCGCAGCCUCAUAUCCAGUGGCUCAAACACAUCGAGGUGAACGGCAGCCGCUACGGCUCCAACGGCGCCCCCUACGUCACUGUUCUCAAGACGGCUGGCAUUAACACUACGGAUAAGGAGCUGGAGGUUCUCUUCCUGACCAAUGUGUCCUAUGAGGAUGCGGGCGAGUACACCUGUCUUGCGGGGAAUUCUAUUGGCUAUGCCUAUCACUCUGCCUGGCUAACCGUUAUACCAGCUGUGGAGCUGGAUAAAGAGGACGACUACGCCAAUUUCCUGAUCUCCGGGACCGUAUGCGUGCUCUUCGUCUUCACUAUCGUCAUUAUCAUUCUGUGCCGGUUGCGUAUGAGCACCCAGAAGACGCUGCCCACUCCUCCUGUGCAAAAGCUCUCCAAGUUCCCCCUCAAGAGACAGCAGGUGUCCUUAGAGUCCAACUCCUCCAUGAACUCCAACACUCCGCUGGUCAGGAUCGCCCGGCUGUCGUCCAGCGACGGGCCCAUGCUGCCCAACGUCUCCGAGCUGGAGCUGCCCUCUGACCCCAAGUGGGAGUUUCCUCGCUCAAAGCUGACACUGGGGAAAGCUCUUGGAGAAGGCUGCUUCGGGCAGGUGGUGAUGGCUGAAGCUAUCGGAAUCGAUAAAGAGAAACCCAACAAGCCUCUCACAGUCGCUGUCAAGAUGCUCAAAGAUGACGGCACAGACAAAGACCUGUCUGAUUUGGUGUCUGAGAUGGAGAUGAUGAAGAUGAUCGGCAAACACAAGAACAUCAUCAAUUUGCUCGGAGCGUGCACUCAAGAUGGUCCUCUCUAUGUGCUGGUUGAAUAUGCAUCUAAAGGCAAUCUGAGAGAGUAUCUUCGAGCUAGACGGCCUCCUGGCAUGGACUACUCGUUCGACACCUGUAAAAUCCCCAACGAGACACUAACCUUCAAGGACCUGGUGUCCUGUGCUUAUCAGGUGGCCAGAGGCAUGGAGUACCUUGCUUCUCAGAAGUGUAUCCAUAGGGACCUGGCAGCCAGGAACGUGCUGGUGACGGAAGAUAACGUCAUGAAGAUCGCAGACUUUGGUUUAGCCAGAGAUGUGCACAACAUAGACUACUACAAGAAGACCACCAAUGGUCGUUUACCCGUUAAAUGGAUGGCACCGGAGGCGCUGUUCGACCGGGUCUACACGCACCAGAGCGAUGUCUGGUCUUACGGGGUGUUGCUAUGGGAGAUCUUCACACUGGGCGGCUCACCGUAUCCCGGCAUCCCGGUGGAGGAGCUCUUCAAGCUGCUGAAGGAGGGCCAUCGAAUGGACAAGCCCGCCAACUGCACUCACGAACUGUAUAUGAUCAUGCGGGAGUGCUGGCAUGCUGUUCCAUCUCAGAGACCCACGUUCAGACAGCUAGUGGAGGAUCACGACAGAGUGCUGUCCAUGACAUCAACUGAUGAGUAUCUGGAUCUCUCUGUGCCGUUUGAGCAAUACUCCCCCACCUGUCCAGACUCCAACAGCACCUGCUCCUCCGGUGACGACUCUGUGUUUGCUCACGACCCCCUGCCUGACGAACCAUGCCUACCUAAACACCACCACAGCAACGGCGUCAUACGGACAUAGACAGCCUGCCUGAACUCCUGUUUCAUACACACAUCAGAUCUCUGGACAUCCAGCAUAGAGAGGGGGGGGCUCACAGAGACCCUGAUUUAGGGAAACCCCCACCUACAGCUCUCUACAUAACUGUGUGGACCAGCCUGAGCAUCUUCACGCUGCACAGAGCGCUCCAGCCCUCUAUCCCCACACACACACAGUGAGGUUGGAAGGUGGGAAAAGCUGUGUGCACAGUACACUCAGUACCAACUGAACGGCCCACUUCCUCCUGCUCCUCUUCCGCUUCCAAGCCGACAUCCUGCUUUUUAAAUCCUGUUUCAAAAGAGAAUUCCUAUUUUUCUACUCGGCCAGUUAAUUUUUCCUUUCCUCUCGGCAUUUUGAAGGGUGAAACCAUUCCGUGCCUACCGAACAAGUGCAGAAACAGCUGGAGGGGACAUAAAAAAAAAGAAAGAAAAGAAAAGAGACAUGUGUCGAAGAGCCAGAGUGCCAUUCCAUACAGAACAAUGUGGGAAAAAGAGGGAAAAGUUCAACUUAUUUAAUACAAAAUCUGAUUUAAACAAAGACAAAAACGUUGCUUUUCAAACACAUGGCCAGUUUCUUCUUUUAGUUUUUUUUUUUAUCUACAACCUUUUUCACAAAGAACUGUGUUUUUGCCAUUAUGAAGAAAAGGGUCCCAGGUGUGAGAUUAGAUUCGAGCAGACUGUGUGCUUUGUAUGUAUCUAAAUUUUCUAUUGUAAAUAUAUAUAGAUAUAAAUAUGUAUCAUAUUGCAGUCAGCAGCAGUGUAUGUAAGAGCAUAUGUAAGGAUCGGAUUUUUUAAAAAUGACGUUUAAACAAAAAAAAAAAAAGAAAAAGAAAAAAAAAACAAUGCAUUGCAAAGGAAGCAUACACUGUUGAGGUCGUGUAAACAUUUAAUCUUAAAGAAGCGAACACAAAAGUUUUAUUUGAAUUAACAUGUAUAUUUGUAAAGCUAUUUAUAGACUUAACAUAAUUUUAAGGUCUAAAAUUAUAGUAUAGGGUUUUUGGUACUGUAAACAAAGGGGUUGUGUUUUGUUUUUUUUCUUUUUUUCUUUUUAUGUUCAUAUUUUAUUUUGUAAGUUAUUUACCACAGAAGUGCAACAUUUUCUCAGCCAGUGGUUUUAGUUUUUUUUUUUUUUCUCGUUUGUUUGUUUGUUAGUUUAUUUGUUGUUUGUUUCCUUCUUUUGUUCCAUCUUUUUUGUUUACAGUGAUGAGAAUGUAUACAAACACUAUUGGCAAUAGUAGUGCCCUAUGAUUUCUGAGAUUCCGAGGACAAGGACAGGAUUGCGCAGUUGAGAUAAAAAAUAGGGAAAUAUAAAUCAGACAUCAUAGGGCCCUAUAUAUUAUAUACAGCUCUGGAAAAAAUGAUGAGUUUCUCUGAUUUUGCUGUUCAUAGGUAUAUGUUUGAUUAAAAUUAACAUUAUUGUUUUAUUCUAUAAACUACAGACAAGAUUUUAACCAAAUUUCAAAUAAAAAUAUUGUUAUUUAGAGCAUUUAUUUGUAGAAAAUAAGAAAUGGCUGAAAUAACAAAAACUUUCAGACCUCAUAUAAUGCAAAGAAAACACGUUUAUUUUCAUAAAGUUUUAGGAGUUCAGAAAUCAAUAUUUGGUGGAAUAACCCUGAUUUUUAAUCACAGUUUUCAUGCAUCUUGGCAUGUUCUCCUCCACCAGUUUUACACACUGCUUUUGGAUAACUUUAUGCCACUCCUCAAGCAGUUUAGCCUGGUUUGAUGGCUUGUGAUCAUUUUCAAUUUGGUAAAAUCAAAGAAACUCAUCAAUUUUAAGUGUUCUCUUUUUUUUCUCCAGAGCUGUUUAUAUUAAGUACCAGUUUAACACAGUGAAUCAGAACUCCAAUUCUGAGACAUGAACAAAGAAUGCCAAAUGUUUUUCUUUUACAUUUUGACUGUGAUUUCAGUGUUGAAUUGUGCAGCUCGAGCACCACACAUGAUCGAUUUUCCCUGGAAAGAAAGGAAAUUGUCCCUUAAUGAGAAGAAUUCUCAGAGCUAGUGAGUUAAGCACACAAUGCAGAGUGCAGCACUUAAAAAGAGACACUUACAUAUUCCUUAGCAUUUAUCAUUUUCUACAAGCUCUAAUAGAGAACUAUAUCUUUAAAAAUUGACACGUAACCCCUAAGAAAGCAUUAGAGUAACGUAUUAAAAGUAUUAAAGUGGCUUUUCUUCUUCUCUGAGGAUUCAUCGUCGCUGUGGUUCUGCUUGCUGCUCUAUGAUAUGAAGGAGUGCUUUGUGUUUAAAACCCAAAUGGCGUAAACUAAGAUAGUAGUAACUAUAUGGUCAGACCGUUUUAUAAAAGUGUGUUUUAUGAAUGCUUUUUUCUAUCGGAUUUCAUCUAUGCUAAGCGGAAAUGUAACGUCGAAUAACUGCGAGGUAAUCUUCCAUCGCUACAUUUGUAAAGUGCCAAAAUUCAUCCUUUCCCUUGCUGUUCUGAGUAUGUAAAUGAGCACAGGUCAUUUGGUUGUCGCUGGAUCCGAGCGGGCGUCGCCGUCUCUGGCCGUGCGGAGCAAAGCAUUCUGGGAUGUCUUGGUUGGGUCUCAGGGUGUGUUAGUACAACUGCGCUCAAACAGACAACCGGCAAUAAUUGUGUAAAGGGAUGAAGGAGGAGGCGGUAUGGUGAUGUGAUGCUGCUAAAACGUAAAAACUGUAGAUUUGAUAUCUGAUGAGUGUAAUACUGCUCCUCUCUCCUCUCCCAUUUCUUCUUAUCAGCCCAUUUUUAUAUUCAUUAAGUGCCUGGACCCCGAGAGAGUGAUAUUCUGCUCGAGGUCUGUGAAUGUACAGCAACAGCAGCAGGGACAUAAGCAGGGUGUUUCUUAAAAAAAAAACAUUUUUUGUAAGGCACUUCUUUACUGAUGUUCUCAGAUGCUUAAUGAAGCAUCACUGACCUUCACAUGGAAUGUUCCAUCUUUUCUUCUUCUUCUUCUUUUUCUACUUCUUCUUCUACUUCUUCUUCUUCCAUCUCUUCCAGGUGAGAAUCUGUGUAGACAAGAAUCAAGCACCAAUGUAUUCAACUCCACUGAGAAUAUAGGAGCAAUUUGUAGAUCUAUAAUUACAUACAGGUGAGUGGAUCAGAUACAGCAGUGCUGCUGGAGUUUUUAAACACCUCAGUGUCACUGCUGAACUUUGAACAUUGUCAUGUAGGCAGGGUCCUUUGGAGAUUGUCCUGUGGGCAGCCAGCAUCCUGUAGACAGUUUCCUUUAGGUAGUGUCCUGUGGGCAGCCAGUGUCCUGUAGACCGUGUCCUGUAGACAUUGUCCUCAGGGCAGUCUCCUGUAAACAGUAUCCUGUUGGCAGUGUCCUCUAAACAGUGUCCUGUGGGCAGUCGGUGUCCUGUAGACAUUGAACUGCAGGCAGUGUUCUGUAGUCAGUGUCCUAUAGGAAGUGUCCUGCAGGCAGUGUCCUUUGAACAUUAUCCUGUAGGCAGUGUCCUCUAAACAGUGUCCUGUGGGAAGUCAGUGUCCUGUAGAUAUUGUACUGCAGGCAGUGUCCUGUAGAUAGUGUCCUGUAGACAUUGUCCUAAAGACAGUGUACUGUGGACAGCCAGCAUCCUGUAGACAGUGUCCUGUCCUUUAGGCAGUGUACUGUAGACAGUAUCCUGUCCUUUAGGCAGUGUACUGUAGACAGUAUCCUGUCCUGUAGGCAGUGUACUGUGGGCAGUCAGCGCCCUGUAGACAGUGUCCUGUAGGCAGUCAGUUUCCUGAGACACUGUACUGUAGACAGUGACCUGUAGGCCGUGUCCUAUAGACAUUGUGAUGUAGGCAGUGUCCUGUAGACAUUGUCCUGUAGAAAAUGUCCUGUAGGCAGACAUUGUCCUGUAGGCAGUUUCCUGUAGGCAGUGUUCUGUAGACAUUGUCCUGUAGGAAAUGUCCUGUAGGCAGACAGUGUCCUGUAGGCAGAGUCCUGAGUAGAAUAAUAAAGUAUGGAGAGAAACAGAAGAUCUACAGUCUGUAAUUAUAAAACUGCAAUAUGCUCUUAAAUCCUCAGUGAAAAUGAAUAAUAGGUAUUGAAUUCAGAAACGCUGGAUCAGUGUGAACAGUAUAUUUGGUUACAUUAAAACUGUUUAGAUUUUUUUCCUGAUCCACCUCUUCAUCUUCUCCCUGCUCUACUACUGAACGUCCUGCUCCACCCUCCUCCAGCAGCUCGGAGCAGUUUCCUCAGAUACUGCUGGCCACACCCCCUCCCACCUCCCCCAACCAACCACCAACCUCCACCCUAUCCUGCUCUCAUUAAGCAGUCAGCUUUAUUUAUUUCAGCGUAUUUAUGAAUCAGUCUCAGUUCCAUUUAGACGGAGGCGUGGCCUAGAAGAGUUGAGGCAGCAUAGAAGAUGUUUACAUUCUUUUUUUUUUUUGUAAGAGCGUUUUCCCGCCCUUUUUUUUAAAGGGGGGUUGGAACAAUACGAGCAAUACGGUCUGAAGACCAUUUAUUCAUUCUUUCAUUUAUUCAUUCAUUCAUUCAUUUGUUUGUCUUUCUAAUUUAUAUUCUUUUCUUUUAGCUCUGUUCUCGGUUCAGUAGUGCCGUUCAGCUCUUAUUUAGAAGAAAGGUAUUAAUUUAAAUGAUAGAUUUAAUUUGCAGAUGAAUGCUGCACGGCGUGUAGAUUAUAUAAAUAUAUAUAUACAUAUAUACGUAGGCGUGUGAUUGAGUCUUCUUUUAAGUAGAAGUGAACACGAUCUUUCAGUACUUUAAAAAAAAAUGACUUACUCCAACAAUGCAUUCCAUGUAGGUUUUAUUUUGUUUUGUUUGUUUGUUUUUUUAUUGUUUUUAUGUGUUUUUUUUCUCGUAUGUCGCGAGGGAAUAAAGUUUAAAGCUGAAUUAAAGAACCCGAGUGAUUCAGCCUUCAUCUACUCCCCCCCCCCUCUCUCUCUCUCUCUCUAACUCACAAAACAAAGUUUACUAACAGUGUGAAAUGAAUCUCUUCUCUCCGGCCCGCGUCUCUGCUCUCCGGAACAUUCCGCUGUAUUCCGGUUCCACCCCACAGAGACGGUGGGCUUUAAACCCCUCUCUACGCUCGCAGUCUGUGCCUGACAGAACUUUUGCUGUCAAUCAAAAACGUUUUCAAUAAACACACUACAAAAUGAA